AUGGAUCGUGUAGAAAAAAAAAAAAUAAAUAAUUUUUUCAUUAAUAUUUUUCAGGCUGAAGAAGGAUACAAUUAUAAUAGGCCACAGAGUCCGUUUCAAAGUGGAACAACUGCUUCGGGACCCUUUUCACCGACUCCAUCUGGACCCACCGGACGACCGGACACUGGUUACACUUCGGGAAGACCAAGCGCAGGACCAUCAUUCGGACCUUCGCCACCUUCUUCCCGUCCCGAUUUCGGAUCUCAGAGUGGUAGCACUCCAGCCGGAAACGGUUUUUCCGGUAGACCGAGUGGAUCUUCAUCUCCUGGAAGCGGAUAUCCGAGUGCAGGACAAGGGGGUCAGGGAGGAUACCCGGGAAGUUCGAGUUCGUCGUUCGGACCUGGUUAUCAAGGUGGAUCCGGAGGAGGCGGUAGACCAGGCUCACAAGGUAGCUCACCGGGAACAAGUAAUGGUGGUUACCCCAGUGGCGGACCUACGUUUUCGAGCGGUGUAGGAGGAAGUAGCGGACCGGGAUAUCAAGGUGGAGCUGGGGGAGGUAGCGGACCAGGAUAUCAAGGUGGAGCCGGGGGAGGUAGCGGACCAGGAUAUCAAGGUGGAGCCGGGGGAGGCAGCGGACCAGGAUACCAAGGCGGAGCUGGAGGAGGUAGCGGACCAGGAUAUCAAGGCGGAGCUGGAGGAGGUAGCGGACCAGGAUACCAAGGUGGAGCCGGGGGAGGUAGCGGACCAGGAUACCAAGGUGGAGCCGGGGGAGGUAGCGGACCAGGAUACCAAGGUGGAGCCGGGGGAGGUAGCGGACCAGGAUUUCAAGGCGGAGCCGGAGGUGGUGGUCGUCCAGGUUCACAAGGAGGCAGCGGUGGUAAUUCUGGAUAUCAAGGAGGUAGUGGUCCAAGUUUUCAAGGGGGUGCCGGAGGUGGAAACGGACCUAGUUCACAGGGAGGCAGCGGAGGUCCUGGAUUUCAAGGAGGCAGCGGAGGUCCUGGCUUCCAAGGAGGCAGCGGUCCUGGCUUCCAAGGAGGCAGCGGUCCUGGAUUCCAAGGAGGCGUAACGGGUCCCGAUUUACAAGUUCCCGGUACUGGAGGAUCCGGAUUUGGAUCAGAUUUUCAAGGCGGUCAACCUGAUGAAGGCGAUUACUCCGCCAUUCCCGGAGUACCCGGACAAGAUUAUCCAGUUUAUUCUGAAAUACCCGAAACGUCGUUCAGAUGCGAACAACAACAGUAUCCCGGAUAUUAUGCCGACGUCGAAGCACAAUGUCAAGUCUUCCACGUUUGCGCCAACAACAAAACUUACGACUUUUUAUGUCCCAACGGCACCAUCUUUCAUCAACAAUUUCUCGUUUGCGUUUGGUGGAAUCAAUUCGAUUGCAGCACCGCUCCGGAGUUUUAUUCCAUCAACGAAAACAUUUACGAUUACAGCAUAAAAGGUAGCGAACAACAACAGGGAGGUGGAGAUUUCGGUGGUCAAUCGUUAGUGAGACCCGGUUCAUCGUUCGGAGGAGCUCAAGGACCGUUCGGACCUUCCGGAUCAUUCGGUGGAUCUCAAGGACCGUCCGGACCGUCUGGAUCAUUUGGUGGAUCUCAAGGGCCAUCCGGUCCAUCUUUCGGUGGCGGAAAUCAAGGACCAUCCGGACCGUCUGGAUCAUUCGGUGGAUCUCAAGGUCCAUCUGGACCAUCUGGAUCAUUCGGUGGAUCUCAAGGUCCAUCUGGACCGUCUGGAUCAUUCGACGGGUCUCAAGGUCCAUCCGGUCCAUCUUUCGGUGGCGGAAAUCAAGGACCAUCGGGUCCAUCUGGAUCUUUCGGCGGAUCUCAAGGGCCCUCUUCUAGUGUAUCUUUCGGUGGCGGAAAUCAAGGACCUUCCGGACCGUCUGGAUCAUUCGGUGGAUCUCAAGGACCAUCCGGACCUUCCGGUUCUUACGGUGCACCUCAAGGACCAUCUGGAUCAACCGGUUCUUUUGGAGGAUCUCAAAGACCGUCCUCACCAUCUUCCGGAUCUUUCGGUGGACCCGGAAAUCAAGGACCGUCUCCACCGUCGGGUUCUUACGGGCCACCAUCUGGACCGUCUGGAUCGUUCGGCGGAUCUCAAGGGCCAUCCGGUCCAUCUUUCGGUGGCGGAAAUCAAGGACCAUCCGGACCGUCUACACCGUCCGGAUCUUACGGUGCACCUCAAGGAUCCUCUGGCCCUAGCGUAUCUUUCGUCGGACAACAAGGAUCGAGAGUACCAGUCACGGGAGGUUCACCCGGACCCAGCAGCACUUUUGGACCUACCACGCCGACUGCCGGUUAUCCAUCCGCCAGUCCCACCCAAAGGCCGGGUGGUUAUUCUCCGUCUGCAACUUCCGGAGGAUACACUCCUUCCGGACCAAGUUCGACAUCCGCUUUCGGUAACUCUCAACGACCCGUUUCUGCCACCACCGCCGGACCAUCGUUUGGACCAUCCUCUACGUUCGGACCACCUUCCAGUAGGCCAAACAAUCAAGGUUCGUUCAGACCAGCAUCCCCGACGGGUCAACCUGAUCGACAAUACCUUCCUCCGUAUUAG